AUGCCACAUUACAUAACUGUUGCUACAUGUUCACUUAACCAGUGGUCCCUUGAUUUUGAGGGAAACCGUGAUCGUAUCAUGGAAUCCAUUCGGCUUGCAAAGGACAAAGGAGCUAGACUUCGUGUGGGCCCAGAGCUCGAAAUCCCUGGCUAUGGAUGUCUUGACCAUUUCCUAGAGAACGAUGUGUAUUUACACUCCUGGGAGAUGUACGCUCAAAUAUUGUCCAACGAGGAUACUUACGGGAUUGUUCUCGAUAUUGGAAUGCCUAUCAUCCACAAGAACCGGAGAUACAACUGCCGAGUUCUUUCUUAUGAUGGCAAAGUCUUACUGAUCAGACCCAAGAUAUUCUUAGCCAAUGAUGGAAAUUACCGAGAAAUGAGAUAUUUUACACCCUGGUUGAAGGCUAGAUACGUUGAGGAGUAUGUUUUGCCACGGAUUCUUCAGCGUAUCACUGGUCAAACCGCUGUUAGAUUUGGCGAUGCUGUAAUAAGCACGCUUGAUACGGUCAUUGGUGCAGAGACCUGCGAAGAAUUGUUCACUCCUCAGGCUCCCCAUAUCGAUAUGUGUCUUGAUGGUAUUGAAAUUAUCACGAACUCUUCUGGUUCUCACCACGAACUCAGAAAAUUGAAUACUCGUAUGAGCCUUAUCACCGAGGCCACUAGAAAGUGCGGUGGCAUCUACUUGUAUUCCAACCAAAAGGGUUGUGAUGGUGAUAGACUAUACUACGAUGGCUGUUCGUUAAUUAUCGUCAACGGUAAAGUUCUUGCACAGGGUAAGCAAUUCUCUUUGGACGAUGUGGAGGUGAUUACUGCCACCAUUGAUCUUGAAGAUGUCAGAUCUUACAGAGCUAUUAUUUCUCACGGCUUGCAAAGCCGAGUGUCACCCGUAUAUGAAAGGGUUCAUGUUCCAGUAGAGAUAUCUCCUGAUUCUCUCAACUUCGAUCUCGGUGUAGAGCCUACACUGGAACGGGAGAUCCAUUACUUCAAACCAGAAGAGGAGAUUGCUUAUGGACCCGCCUGCUGGUUAUGGGACUAUAUAAGAAGAUGUCAUGGUGCUGGAUUCUUUUUGCCUCUUAGUGGAGGUAUCGAUAGUUGUGCCACUGCCGUGAUAGUUCACUCUAUGUGUCGUUUGGUUGUUAAGUAUUGCGAGAGAGGCGAGAAGCGGGUCAUCAGGGAUGCCCGUGCAGUUGCAGGUUUUCCUCCCGAAAGCAAAUGGGUUCCGAAGACUCCACAAGAGUUUGCCAACAAAAUAUUCCACACUUGCUAUAUGGGCACUAAGAACUCAAGUAAAGAAACAAGAGAAAGGGCCAAAGCAUUGGCCGCUAUUAUUGGUUCUUAUCAUGUUGAUCUCAACAUGGAUUCCAUAGUGAAUUCUAUUGUGAACGUUUUUGAAGUGACUACAGGAAAGAAGCCUAUUUACAAAGUGUUUGGGGGUAGUAACACCGAGAAUUUGGCCCUCCAAAACAUUCAGGCACGUUUGAGAAUGGUUCUUGCAUACCUAUUUGCUCAGCUACUUCCGUGGACUAGAGGCAGGAAUAGUGGAGGUUUGCUUGUGCUCGGAUCUGCUAACGUCGAUGAACAAUUACGUGGGUAUUUGACCAAGUAUGACUGUUCAUCUGCUGAUAUCAACCCAAUUGGAAGUAUUUCCAAGGUGGAUUUGAUUCGAUUCAUAAAAUGGGCACAGGUCAACCUCGAUAUGCCUAUUCUUCGUCAGUUUGUUGAUGCUACACCAACCGCAGAGUUGGAACCUAUCACCGACUCUCAUGUUCAAUCUGACGAGGCCGAUAUGGGAUUCACCUAUGAAGAACUGGGUGUCCUAGGUAGACUAAGAAAAAUUGAAAAGUGUGGACCUUACUCCAUGUUUAUCAAGCUUUUACAUUUGUGGCAGGGAAAGAAGACUCCGAAACAGACUGCAGAGAAGGUGGAGAACUUUUUCUAUUAUUAUAGCAUUAACAGGCAUAAGCAGACAGUGAGUACUCCUUCAUACCAUGCUGAGCAGUACUCACCCGAUGACCACCGGUUUGAUCUAAGACCUUUCUUGAUUGAUCCAAGAUUUCCUUGGGCAAGACAUAAAAUCGACCAAGUGCUUGAGAAGCUAGAUACUAGCGAAACCAUCGAUACGCUCACCGUUGAUUAG